UUGAAGAAUGGUCCGAGUUAUUCCGAACGCCUGACAACAGAUGGAUACGUAAACAAGAUGGCGGAUUAGAGACGAUGUCAAUAUAUUUUUCUUAGGAAAAAAAUACCCAAGAAAAUGUCUCACAGUACAUACAACAAACAAUGGCAGGAGGCCCAGUCCUCUCUCAUGGACCUCCUACAGCAGGAGAUUCCAGAACAACCGUCAAAGCCAGAGAAGGACCGACUCGCUGCUUUCCAGUUGCUGGCUACGAUGUACAUAAAGUACAUCCAAAUAUUCAGAAAGAUGGAGCAGUGCUAUGACCAGAUCGUUCAUCCCCAAAAACGCAGAGUUCUUCGUCACGUCUUAGAUGGAACGAUGGGAAGAAUCUUGGAGUUGAAGCAUGAAAUGGUCAACCUAGAGUUCUCAGAAUACCAUUACUUUGAUGAUGUUCUGUCAGAUCUGAAACUUACACCUAAUGAUGUUGAAAUUCCUAUUCCAAAAUUCUUCAUCAAUGAGAGAUAUGACGUUUUAAAAGAAAGAGAAAAACUUUUGGGGAAAAUAUUGGCCAAGAUUGGUCCCCAAGAAAAAGAAGAUCAGAAGGAAGAACUCAAAAUGUCGCUUGAGGAUGCCAUUAAGAUGAUUCAAGUUCACGAGCGCGCUCGACAGGGUCGACUCAGAGCCAAGUUCAUGAAAGAGAUUCGAGAGCAGGAGGAGCGAGACAGACUAGCUCAAACUCGAGGUGCUCCAACCCUUGACCCAGAUGUUGCAGCCUGUAGAAUUCAGAAGGUUUGGAAAGGUUUUGCUCAGAGGAGGAGAACCAAAAAAGAGAGAGAUGAAGAAAUGAUCUUCAUUGGCAUGGCACCUCCACCCUUACCCACUAGUAUUAAGAACACCCCUCAGGCCUUGGCUCUGAAGACUGAGGCCACGAGGCGCAUCACACAGGGAAACCAUGAGAAUGAGUACCAGCAGGCCCUUGGAACAAUCAAGGAGAAGAUUAAAGAGACUGAGGGCCCAGACAUCAAGGAAACCAUGAUGGAUCAGAUCAGGCAGUGGUUCAUUGAGUGCAGAGAUGCCCAGGGGAAAUUCCCAGAAUAUCCGGAUGAGGAUGAUGGUGGAUCAGCUCUUAUCUUCAAGGAGAAGAGUCCGGAGGAAUUGGAGGCGGAGCUUAAUGACAAGGAUGGAGACAAAAAGAAGAAAGACAAGAAGGGAAAGAAAGACAAAAAGGACAAGAAGAAAGACAAGAAAGGAAAGAAGGAUAAGAAAGGAAAGAAGGGGAAAGGUGGUGAUGAUGAGGAAGAAGAGGAAGGUUGGAAGAUGGCCGAGUCGAGCUUUGUUCCUUCUAUCAACGAAGGAACAGAUAAAUAUAAAUCUGUGUGGAUGACUCGUGAUGAAAAAGACAACUUCUCCCAGAAACACGAUGCAGAACUCAUCAAAGAGGAAAAACGGAAAGAAGUGGAGGAAGAGAUCCGUAUCCAAGUGGAUGAACUCAUGAGAGCAGAACUGAAAAAUCUUAAAGCUGCUGUAGAUAGGGACAAGGGGAAAAAAGGAAAGGGGAAAAAGUCUGGGAAAAAAAAGAAGAAGAAGGGAAAGAAAAGUGGAAAGAAGGGAAAAAAGAAGAAGAAGGAGAAGGAUUUGACUCCUGACAGGACAAUUGAAUCCCUCUAUGAGGAGCUAGUGAAGGAGGGCAUCAUUGUGCGCUGUCCUCAGAUCCGACUCUCGGAGUUUGAGGGCGAGUACAGCUACCUGGGGACCACUCUCAGACAGGCAAAUAUCGAGCCCAUGCCCUCAUUGAGUGAUGUCCGGAGAUUAGUGACGGAAUUUGGAAUAUUACCAUUAGGAUCCCAGGCAGUCCAUGAACAAGCCCCUCUCACAAAGUCUAUCCUCCUGGCCGGUCCUCGGGGGACAGGGAAGAAGAUGCUAGUCCAGGCAGUCUGUAACGAGGUGGGGGCCAACAUGUUUGACCUGACGGCAGCCAAUAUAGCCGGCAAAUACCCCGGAAAAGACGGCCUUAAAAUGCUCAUUCAUCUGGUUUUUAAGGUUGGUCGAGAAUUACAACCCUCUGUCAUUUACAUAGGUGACUGCGAAAGAAUGUUUAAAAAGAAAAUUCCUAAAACAGAUCCAACUGAUCCCAAAAGGUUGAAGAAGGAACUACCCAAAGCCAUGAAGGGUGUGAAGUCGGAUGACCGGUUGUUACUGGUGGGGACGUCUCGCUGUCCAUUUGACGGGGAGAUGAAGCCUCUCUGUAGUCUGUAUCAGAGGAUCAUCCUCAUCCCCAGACCCGACUAUGCUUCCAGACACUUGUUAUGGAGGAGGUUGAUUCUGAAGAACAAUGGAGUAAUCACCAACACACUGGACGUGAGUUCUCUGUCCAAAGUCACCGACGGUUACACGCCGGGGCACAUGCUGACCGCCAUCACCCAGGUUCUAACGGAGAGGAGGAUCCAAACCCUUUCCAAGAAGCCGCUGCAGUCGGUGGAGUUCAUUGCACCCCUGGCCAGGAUUGACCCCAUCUACAAAGAGGAGGAGGAGGCAUUUAAGGGUUGGUAUGCAAAGACUCCUCUGGGCAAAAAGCGCGCCAAAGCAGCCCAAGCAGACGAUGAUGAUGGCGGUGGCGGAAAAGGAGGAAAAGGCGGGAAAGGCAAAAAAGGAAAGAAGAAGGGAGGAAAGAAGAAGAAGAAAUAAACAGUGAUGCAUUUUUGGAGAAAAUCCGUUCUGAUGACUGUGAUAAAUGUAUUGUGUGGUUUCAGAAAUUGUUUUGUAAAGCAAUGAAACAAAAACCUUAAGUAAUACACAUGUCACUACUUAAGUGAAAUAAAGGAAAUAUUUCUGAAUUUAUACACUAAGUCUUGUGAAUAUAUCAUGAAUUUGAGUUUAUUGUUACAGUAAUAAACUUUAAAACGAU